AUUAGUACAUAUGAGAAAAUCAAGAGAAAGCAGCGCGCACUCCUUUCCAUUUGGUCACCUCUGGAGCAUUUCUUUGUUUGUGAUUGCAGUUUCACCUUUGACUCUCAAGUCUUCAUCUUUUGGGGUCUUGGAAGUUGUAAACUUCUCAUUAUUGAUAUGGGCUUUGACUAUGAGAAGAAUGAGAUGAAAGUAUUUGCAAUUACCACUCAAAAUGUUCCAGAGCUCUUCAUGCACAUCAUUGGACCCAGAGCUGCUUAAUGCUAUCUGAAUGUCAGUUUAUGCUUCAAAUUGCAAGACCACUGCACUUGGACCAGAUGAGAGGCAUAGAAUGGAGAAGGAAAUCAAGAAGUUAAAGGAGAUGCUCUCCAUUCAUUUGGAUUUAAUCCAGCAUCAGGCUGACCAAGCUGCCACUAGGGAAACUCAGUUCAAGGCGCUUCGGCGAGAGAAUGAACUGUUGCUGCAGAAGAUGGAGCGGAUGGAGCGGCGGCUGUCUGUGCCCGCCCGCUCUCCGGGCGCCGUGCCGCCGCCGCCGCCGCCGGCUCCGCCCGCGCCCGCCCCCGCCCCCGCGCCCGUCCCCGCGCCCGCGCCCGCGCCAGUCACCCGUGUCGACUCGGCCACCUCUCCCCGGUCUCCGGUGGCACGCACCAGCCAGCAGACGCAGACCAGCGGCGACGAGCGGGCGCCCACGCCGCCGGCGCCGGCGCCGCGCCGACCCAUGCGCAGCCGCGCGCGGCGCUCCUCGGCGGCCACCGAGCCGGAGCCGGGUCCGGCGGAGCGGCACCCGGCUCCGGCUCCGGCUCCGGCGCAGGCUCCGGCUGACCGGCCCGCCGAGAUCUCCACAUCGACCGAGAGUCGCCGGCUGCAGCGCAAACUCUACCGCAAAGGAGACGAGCCGGCCCGCCACAGGAAGUGUAUGUUGACAGACGCCGAGUACUAUCAGUACAUACCAGCCGAGGCGGAAGAAUCGGACACGGAAGAGGGCGCCGGGCGACAAACGUACAUUGAGAUUCCGCGCUGGACCCUGAACCCGCUGACGCCGCUGCCGAACGCCGAGCCGGCGGAAAGCACAGACGACGCCGUCUUCGCCAAGCGACACCUCAAGCUGGAGGUCGACGAAAAGCGCCGCAAACGGUGGGACCUGCAGCGGCUCCGCGAACAGCGCGCCUACGAGAAGCUGAAGCAGUCGUACUCGCGGGGCCGCGGCGGUCGCUCCGCCAGCAGCGGCGGCGGCUCGGCAGACCCGUCCGAGUCGGAGCGGUCGCUGACGCUGCGCCCGCCAGCCAGCGGCGCGCUGUACCUGCAGGUGGCGCCUGAGCUGCCCGUCUGCGCGUUCGGCUCCAACCUGCCCGUGCUGGCGCAUAGAGAGUUCCAGCUGCCGUGGGCUCCGGGGAAGGCCCCGCCGCUGCCCGGCGCCCGCGGGGAGACGCGCAGCCGCCGCUAGGGGCCGCCGCCGCCGCCACCGUCUCCGAUUUACCCUGUGAUCUAUAGCUGUGUGGGAACGGGGUCCAUUCAUUCAGUGUCCGGGAGGGAGGGGUAGAUGUCCCCUUUUCGGAGAAGGGCUCUCUGCUUCUCCUGCGGAACUCUCGACUGUCUGGGGAGGGAGGGGCUAGUAGAGUGAUAAACAGAGAGCGGGUUUUCCCGGGCGGGCGGGGUGAUAGGCGAGCAGUCAGUUGUUACGACAGUAGUCAACCAGUGUUUUGUUGUGACAAAUGUUUGUUCUUUGGCAAUGCUAUAAACCAGAUCUGCUCGUUCUCGGUGUUGGCGGGAAGACGUCUCUGCGUGCCCCACUUGUGUUUGCUGUGUGGAGUUGUGUGCGCGGAUCGGCGUGCUGGUGUGUGUAUUUUCGGACGGCGGCGCCAUAUUGGAAGUGUCCCAACGGCGCCAUGUUGGAUGUCCCCGGCCGACUCGGGACUGUCGGUGUGUGUGUCUGUGUGCGACUGUAUGUUCAAAGGGUGACCGGCUGGACCGCAUCCCACGUGCCCUCUCCGCCUGCUCUGCUGUUCCACAUUUUCCCAGGCAGCAGUGGUGGACGGAGCAGCCACGACGCUGUUUUCCCAAUCGAGUGUAGCACUCUGCGUAGAAGCACGGCGUGAGCCAUUAGUCCGGCCUGUGUUACGUGUUGUUGAUCGCGCCGCCCGCGGUUUCUGAGGGCGGCACAGCGCGCGUCGGUAGUGAACCCCGUGUUAGCUCAUGUCAUCGGCCGCUAUUGCUCCACUGAACUCAUUCGUUGUGUCCGCGUGGCGCCGUCGGCCGGUCGCAGUGCUGUCCGUCUGCCGGCGGCGGCCGAACGUUGUUGCGAGUGCGAUAUCCUAGACCUGUCGGUCCCGUCUCCGGUCCCUGUAGGAUCCGAUGUGGAUCCGGGCGCGGAGCGGUGGAUCCGGUGUGGAUCCGCAGCGCGGCGGUCUUCGCGUGCGGGUGACCGCCUCUUUAUUCCGUUACGAAAUACAGCCUGUUGACCGCGA